CACAUUCUUCAUAGCACGUCGGUAGUUAGUCGUACCAUACCGGAGUCGGUGAUGUAGGUCAACUCGUAAACGAAAGUAGAUACUCGGAGAUGAAGACAUUACAGACUCUGACAGAGUGGACAUAAGUUUGAAUGGUGAUUGGCCAUGGCAACAUCUACUUUGGGGCACCUGUCACCUUUGUCCCCAUUAGGGGCAAAAGAAGAAACAUUUCUGGAGAACUUCUUUAGACUCAUCAGUCAGUUCUCCUAUGAAAAGGCUCGUGAUUUAGCUGACAAAGAGAAAGACAACCACAAGGCUACGUUUGCUUCAUCCUGGGGGCUAUUUAUGUACUCCCUCACCCAGUUUGCUACUGCAGAGAAGGGAUACAUGUCGCUAGCAUUUCUGGAGCACAAAGGUUUCUUCACUCGUUCAAAAGAUACACUGAAGAGUGUGUACCACUCAUUGACACAGGAAUUUCGUAAAGUGGAAGAAAAUGUGCGUAAUCAAGAUCAGCUGGUCCACUUUGGACUUCCUCACCCUUCUGUGGAGUUUGAACAGCUGAUUGCACACCUGUGCGGUCAGCUCGGUCACUUUGUCCAGGCCAGACAGAAGACAAUGGAAUUUUACGAACAGUUGAGCACGAUGGGUACAUACAAGGUUAUAAAUUACUCAGAACUAAUGGUGGCCAUGUCCAGAAUCGUCCAGACCAACAGUCGUAACUUCCAUCACCCACUUCUCAGUCAUCUCAAGUCUAAAUUCUUCUAUGAAUGUGAAAUAAUGUCACACCUGCUACAGGCCCAGGUAUUGAUGACAGAGUUACAGUUCCUGCCCUCCCUCCUACAGCUACAUCAGGCCCAUAGUAAACUAACGACCUGGGGAGCCAGCGCCCACCAGAUCAAGGAGGUGAAGAAAUCAGCAUUUGGUGGUUCAAGUAAGCACAACCCCUGGCCAGCCCUCUACAGCUGGAUCCUCAAGUACAAACAAGUGUUAUUAUCAAAGUUCAGUCUGUACUUCUACGACCUCCUGCAGAAACAAGUUCAUCACAGCGAAAUAAAAACAGUGACAGCCAGACUUUCAGAUGACUUUGUCAGCAAAAUCGUGACAUUCCAGAGGAAGUCGGAUGCUACACAUGUCUCAUUAGUCCUGGACACCCAAGGGAUCCAUCGCUGUAAGGGCUCAGGGUAUCACUUCCCCAAAAAAUAUACUGAUGAACCCAAAGGACUGGACAGUUUCCCAGCAAUAUUUUCAUAUCCUGUGGACAGACAGGUACAGAGCCACUGGCAUAAUAUUGUGAUGCUGAUCAACAACAGGGCGAGUGACCACCAUAUUUACGACAAGAUCACAUGUAUAUAUGAUAAGACAGCCCAAAGCACAUACUUCAUUACCCAGGUUGACGUAAGGGUAACAUUUGUUGUCAUAUUUGAGUGCAAGAAGUCGGAGAAAGACACUUUUGUGAAUAAUUUCAUGGUAGAUCUACGGACAAAUUUAAAUUGUGCAAGACUGUUUACUGCUCUGAAACCAGGAGUGCGUGGAUGAAUCAACAUUAUCAAUGUAUGUAACAGAUCAUUAAAGUAACAUGUUCCAAACACA